CCGGGCCGCGCGAGGGCCGAGGGCCGAGGGCCGAGGGCCGUUUUGGGAGCAGCGGUGGCGCCGCCCUCACGGCCGGGAUCCUCCGCGGGGAGAGACCCGCAGGUGCCCCGCGUGGCCCGAGGGCAGCCAGCGCCCCGCUCGCAGCGUUCCGCGGGUGGGAGCCCCGGGACUCGCGGCGAGCGGGGCGGGGCGAAGGGCGGGGCGGGGCAGGCGCACCUCCAGCGAGACAGCCAGCGGGUCCCGGCCCCGCGCCCGCCGCCCCUACCUGCCGCGCGGAGUCGAGCGCCGCCCGCCCGCUUUGUUCGCUUUGUCUGCGCGCACCUGAGAGGCCUGCCGGGAAGGUCGCCCCGGACCGCGCACCCGGCGCCGCACCAGGUCUAACAUCAUGCCUCCGUUUCCGCUUCUGCCAGCUGUCUGUGUUCUCCUGUUCUCCAGAGUGUCCCCGUCCAUCGCCCUUCAGGAAGUGCAUGUGAACAGGGAGACCAUUGGGAAGAUCGCAGUGGCCAGCAAAUUGAUGUGGUGCUCCGCAGCGGCCGACAUCCUGUUUCUGUUGGACGGCUCUCACAGCAUCGGGAGAGGGAGCUUCGAGAGAUCCAAGCACUUUGCCGAGGCUGUCUGCGAUGCUCUGGACAUCAGCCCCGGCAGGGUCAGAGUGGGAGCCAUGCAGUUUGGUUCCAUUCCUCAUCUGGAAUUCCCCCUGGACUCCUUUUCAACCCGACAGGAAGUGAAGGCAAACAUCAAGAGGAUAGCGUUCAAAGGCGGCCGCACGGAGACGGGACUUGCUCUGAAACGCCUUCUCGGAGGGUUCCCUGGAGACAGACGUGGCUCUGUGCCCCAGCUGCUUAUCAUCAUCACAGAUGGGAAGUCCCAGGGGCCGGUGGCUAUUCCAGCUCAGCAGCUGAGAGAGAGGGGCAUCGUCGUGUUUGCUGUAGGGGUCCGGUUUCCCAGGUGGGACGAGCUGCUCACGCUGGCCAGUGAGCCAAAGGAGCAGCAUGUGCUGCUGGCUGAGCAAGUGGACGAUGCCACCAACGGCCUCCUCAGCACCCUGAGUGGCUCUGCGCUCUGCACCACUGCUGAUCCAGACUGCAGGGUGGAGGCCCACCCCUGCGAGCGGAAGACACUGCAGACCGUCAGAGAACUCGCCGGCAAUGCCUUAUGCUGGAGGGGAUCACGGCGGGUAGACUCCGUGCUGGCCCUGCGCUGUCCCUUCUACAGCUGGAAGAAAGUGUUCCAGACCCACCCUGCCACCUGCUACAGAACCAUCUGUCCAGGCCCCUGUGACUCCCGGCCCUGCCAGAAUGGAGGCACGUGCAUUCCGGAAGGUGUGGAUAAGUACCACUGUCUCUGUCCGCUGGCGUUCGGAGGGGAAGUCGACUGUGCCCCGAAGCUGAGCCUGGAGUGCAGGAUAGAUGUCCUCUUCCUGCUGGACAGUUCUGCAGGCACCUCCCCAGAGGGCUUCGGGCGGGCCAAGGCCUUCGUGAAGCGCUUUGUGCAAGCCGUGCUGAGCGAGGAGUCUCGGGCGCGCGUCGGGAUAGCCAGUUACAGCAGGGAUCUGAUGGUGGCUGUGCCCGUUGGGGAGUACCAGGAUGUGCCAGACCUGGUCAGGAGCCUUGACGGCAUUCCCUUCAGUGGUGGCCCAACGCUGACUGGCAGUGCCUUGCUACAGGUGGCAGAGCAUGGCUUCGGGAGUGCCAUCAGGACGGGCCAGGACAGGCCACGCAGAGUGGUGGUUCUGCUCACCGAAUCACACUCGCAGGAUGAGGUGGCCGGGCCAGCGGAGCACGCAAGGACUCGGGAGCUGCUCCUCCUGGCCUUGGGCAGUGAGACGGUGCAGGCGGAGCUGCGAGAGAUCACAGGUAGCCCGAAGCACGUGAUGGUCCACACAGGCCCUCAAGACCUGUUUAGCCAAAUCCUGGAGUUACAGAGGAGGCUGUGCAGCCAGCCGCGGCCAGGCUGCCAGGCACAGUCACUGGACCUGGUCUUCCUGCUGGACGCUUCUGCCUCAGUGGGACCUGAGAACUUCGCUCAAAUGCAGAGCUUCGUCAGGAAAUGCACCCUCCGGUUUGAGGUCAAUCCCGACGUGACCCAGGUUGGCCUGGUGGUAUACGGUAGCCAGGUGCAGACAGCCUUUGGGCUGGACACUCAUCCCACCCGUGCUGCUGUAUUGCGGGCCCUGAGCCAGGCGCCCUACCUGGGGGGCGUGGGCUCUGCCGGCACAGCCUUGCUGCACAUUGAUGGCAAGGUGAUGACUGUCCAGAGGGGAGCCCGCCCCGGUGUCCCCAAGGCGGUGGUGAUGCUGACGGGCGGAAGUGGGGCAGAAGAUGCAGCUGUCCCUGCCCAGAAGCUGAGAAAUAAUGGCAUCUCAGUCUUGGUUGUGAGCGUGGGGGCUGUCCUCAGAGAGGCAGUGCGGAGGCUCGCUGGCCCAUGGGACUCCCUGAUCCACGUGGCAGCUUACAGCGAUCUCCGGUACCACCAGGACGUGCUCGUUGAAUGGCUUUGUAGAGAAGCCAAGCGGGCAGUCAACCUCUGCAAGCCCAGCCCAUGCAUGCACGAAGGUGCCUGCGUCCUGAGGAACGGCAGUUACCGCUGCGAGUGCCGGGCUGGCUGGGAAGGCCCCCACUGUGAGAAGCACAUCUUGAGAGGAGAUGCUCCCGUGGCAUAUAGCUUCCACCAACAGCCCACAGGAAGACAGCGGCCAACCCCCUCUCAGCAAGCUCCUGGGCAUCUCAGAGUUUGAAAGGCACUGUCCUCAGCCGGUGCGUCUCCUGGGGGCCCGGAGCGUCUGCUGCCAGCUUUAAGUAGAACCCUUUUGCCCACAAGCCACAGGGGACGCUGCCGGGGACAGCAGCAGCCACAGCACUCACGGUGGCGGUGUUGGAAACUCCUAAUGUGUCCGUAUUUACUGCCCCGGCUGUACCCGUUUGUACCUUGUUGAGGUAAGCUGUCUGUCACCCUUCCUGAGGAUAAGAGGCAGGCCUGGGAAAUCCAGUGGCCUGUUUGAGGGUCAUUUGGCACAUAACAAAUGCUAGACAGAUGUUGACACGGUGGGAACACCUGGAGGAGGGCAUCUGCCAGAGCACACCACACGGUGAUGGUGUAAAAGGCGGGCUUCCCUAUUUUCCAAAUGCUAGCUCACGUGGAUGUAGGAAAAGCGAUCAUGUGUCAUUUGUGGCUUUCUGGUGACCAGAUCUGUGUAUGUGAGAGGCCUAGGAAGGUCUCGGACAGCGAUUUGACCAAUUAGCCAGCUUGUGUGCAGGGGAGGGGCAUAUUGUGCAGAGAACCCUGGUCUCAAAGGGCCCUGUGUGAUGGGUGAGGGGCCGGGCGCAGGGCCUUCAGAAGGCUUUCCUUGCAGAGGUGUCUCAGAGCGGUUAGUGGCAGCACGCUUCUUGUCCUCCUCUUAGUGGUGGCAGUGACAGGCAGGGUUCUCAAACUCAGCAAAUGAGGGUGAAGGGGCGACCAGGAGGCUCAAUUCUCAAGCCUAUUGUGCUUCUCAUGCCCAGGCCGUGAAGGGAUUUUUCAAGACAGACUGGUCAUUCCUUCGUCAGGAGUGUUUGUGUCUGUGAGGCAAAGAGGAGUCUUUGGAUCUCUUUGGCCCACUAUGUACCUAAGUCUGCAGCACUCACAGGCCUGCCCUCCUGCUUGCGUGUGCUGCUUGGAGCUGGGGCUUCGGGUGAAGCCAUUUGCAGAGCUCUGCGGGCUGCAGGACAGCAGGACAGCGUUGAAGUAUGGGCGGUGCACGUAUCCACAUGCAGACAGUGUUGAGCACUGCCCGUGUUCUGGGCGUCAGUCUGUCUGGCUGAGACACUGCCCCAGGUUUGCCGUAUGCUUUCCCCACUUCUAGACAUUUUUUUCCUUCACAGUUAGACUGUGGAUGUGAGUUUUUUAAUUGUUUUGCAGUACGGAGGCAUUUUCGCAUGAGAGCAGAGCUAACUUUGCCUCGGCACACCAGGGUCCCCAAACCUCUCCCCUGCUGCAGUCCCAGGGUAGUCUCAAAACGGUCUCGUCACUGCCCACGUUUACUGCUUCCUUGUCAUUUUGCUAUUUUACUUCACUUUGGCGUCGUCUUUUUCUUCAAUUGCAGUACCAUGUUCAAAGAGUUGGAAUUUGGUUUUGUUGAUUUUUAAAUAUAAAAUAAAUACAUUUAUGUUAUGAAUUUCCUUAA